GAAUAAGUCAAGUCUUCUUGUAAACUUGAUAAACAUAAAUUCACAGAUGAUUUAUCAACAAUUUUAUAUUUGUGGAGAAAUUCAUAAAUAUUCAGACUGUUUAUCAUCUAAGCAAAUUUAAAAAUAAAUUUCAAAACAGGAAGGUAUUUGAGUGUAUAUAAUGUAGGAGGAAAUCUAUGGAUAUAUUUCAUUAUUGUUGGUUUGGAACAUAUUCAAAGAAAAAUGGUCUCUGAGAUUUCAUGGCAAUUGCUUAAACAAGCUAGUAUACUUGGUUUAGCCCCGGUGUUGUCCAAUGAAGUUGAUCUCAUUGAUUUAUGUACUCAAACGCCUAUAACUGAUGAUAAAAUUAUCAUAAAUGUUAGUGGGGUUCAUUUUGAGCUGACUGAAUCUCUAGUUCAGCGUUAUCCAUCAACACUACUUGGUUCAACUGAACGUGAAUACUUUUAUGAUUCUGUCAAUAAGGAAUACUUCUUCGAUCGUGAUCCUGAAUUAUUUCGAUAUAUUUUAACAUAUUAUCAACAUGGAAAGCUACAUUUUCCGAGGAAUAUGUGCAUAUCAGCAUUCGAAAAUGAAUUGAAAUUUUUCGCUAUUUUAUCAGAUAAUUUAUCCGACUGUUGUUAUGAGAAUUUUAUUGAUCAUUCAAAGGAUAUUGAACAACGUCUUGAAGAUGAUAAAAAGUCAUUUGCACAGAGCAAUAAAUCACUGACUGUAACAAAGAAAACCUUUCGAGAAAAAUUGUGGGCAAUGUUUGAAAAUCCUGAAGAGAAUAGUGUUGCCUAUAUGAUAUAUUAUACAACUGGAUUUUUUAUUAUUAUCUCCGUUCUAUCUAAUAUGGCGGAGACAUUACCUUAUAAUGAUGGUAAACUGAUGGAUACUCAUCCGAUAAGGACAUAUGGUGAUAAAUAUUCAAAUAUAUUUUUCUGUAUAGACACAGCUUGUGUAUUAAUAUUUACUAUUGAAUAUUUGUGCCGGUUGUAUGCUGCACCAUCACGUUUAAAGUACGUACGAUCGAUUAUGGCUAUUAUCGAUUUAACUGCUGUUCUACCCUACUAUAUAAGUCUAGUUGUUCCGGCUGGAUUACAAUUCUCAGGUUCAUUAGUCACACUUAGAGUAUUUCGAGUAUUUCGUAUAUUUAAAUUUUCACGACAUAGUCAAGGUUUACGCAUAUUGGGAUAUACAUUGAAAUCAUGUGCUGAAGAAUUAGGCUUUUUAUUAUUCAGUUUAACAUUGGUUGUGAUUAUAUUUGCUACAGUGAUAUAUUAUAUUGAAAAAUUUGAUGAAAAUUCUACAUUCUAUAGUAUUCCUGAUGCUUCAUGGUAUACUAUUGUUACUAUGACAACGUUGGGAUAUGGUGAUAUGAUACCGUCUACAGUGUUGGGCAAAAUUAUUGGCAGUGUUUGUUCAUUAUGCGGUGUCCUAGUUAUCGCUUUGCCUGUACCUGUAAUUGUAUCGAAUUUCUCACGUAUUUACCAAAGAAAACAGAGAGCGAAUAGACAAGCUAUGAGACGAGCAAUGCGUCCUGCAAAUGAAUUAACGCGAACGCAACAAAUGACAUCAAGUCAAAAGAGAAUCUCAAAAGGAAAAGUAUCAAAUAAUAUGCGAUUAAAAACACUGGCCUAUAGACCAACUUAUAGAGUAUCUCAUAGUAUCAUUGAACACGGAUCUACAACACAAACAACACUUAGAGCAAUGGCUAACUGGUCUAGGAAAAGAAUACGACCAAGAUCCUAAAAAGAAGUAAUAAAAUGAGUUGGAAAGAGAAAAAUGGAUUAGAUUAGAUUAACUGAAUCGAAUAAGAAAUGGUAUGGUAUUACAGAAAUUAAAACAAGUUUGUGGAUUAUUAUUAUAAUUAUUUUGAUAAAGUAAAUAAGAAAAGGAUAAGGGUAACAAAUAUUUCUUCUAUACAUUUCAAUUGUCAGUUGUUGCUUUUUUUUUAAUUGUUGUAUAUAAAACAAGAAUUUGUUUAAAUUUACUCGUCUUUGAUAUUUAAACAAUUUCUGUGUAUAUAAAUAUAUUUCUAAACUUAUUAUUAGCAUUGUUAUUUUUAAAUUAAUCAAUAAUUUUAAACAAAAAGAUGGUAUUCAUUACGGGAUAAGUAAUAAGGAACUCCAUUAAUGAGAAUCUACUACCCAAAAAAUACGUCAAAAAAGGGAGGUUGAAUUGGACACAUGCUGAAAAGACCGCUGAGAGUGACUUCACACGCCAGUCUUCAAGUGGACUCCGAACCGGAAAUGACGAGCUGGCUGUUGCCUCGAGUGUGAUAUGGAGGGAACUGUCUGAGGAGGAGAUGAGAACAGACGGGCGAUCGUGGAUUCAGCUAAAGACGACUUAAUAAAACAGGAUGAAGUAGACAUGUACUGUUGUUGCCGUAUGUUACACCAGGAAUAAUGAAAAUAUAAUAAUAAUUAGCUGAAGAAUUAACGCGCAGUUCAAGCAGUUAGAAAAUUAUUUUGACCCUUAUUUAAGUCACAUGAGUCUUCACUAUUUAUUUAGGCUUUUUGGCAGGAAGUUUUGGAAUCCUUUGAUCGGAGACUAGUCAGUGACUAGUGUAGUGUGUCUAGUCCUUUCUUUGGCACAGACUGAAUUUUACCAGUCAAGUUUGUAAUGCAGCCAGUAUACUAGGUGGCAUGCCAACAUGUUGCACUUCAAAUUGUUGAUAUUAGGUUGUUAGAGGCAGCAAUUCAAAUUUCAACGUGAUGGUGAGCCACCCAGAAUGCUGGCCACAUUGCAAACUUGACUGAAAGAAUUCAGUCUGCAGUAAACAAGGGACUAGAAAUAUGACACUAGUUAGUGUCCAAUCAAAAGUAUCUAAUACAGUCCUACAGCAGGUCAAUCAUGAGUCCGAUAAGCUUAGUGGUAAUGUCUCUGAGGUGCCUCCAAAGCCUCAGGAUGGUCGGGGGUGGGUGUUUUGCGCUGCGGGUUGGCCACCCCU